AUGGCUGAGCCCGUCAAGGAGGAGCAGCAGCCAACGCCGUCUGCAAUGGCCCCAGAGACUGCAACCUCCACUACACCGAUCGUCACUGAAAUACCAGCGCGUGAGCGUCGUGUAGGCGAAGCUCCCAUCAAGAAAGCAUUUUUAAAGCCCAAACCGGCCCCGAAGCCCGCUGCUAUCGAGACUGACAAUGCAAAAGAACCAGCAAAAGUAAAGGAUGACCGUGACCGCGAUGGUGGGAAGAAGAAACGCGGAACCUUUAAGAAGCGUCCGAUCGAUGCUGAACAAGACCCCGCGGACUUGUUGUGUCGCCCUGUGGCCUCCGGUGAGGGUUGCAAAUUCGGUGACAGCUGCAAGUUCAGUCACGAUAUUGAUGACUACAUGAAGCGCAAGCCCAAGGAUCUGGGCGAGCGUUGCCCUGUGUUUGACGCUGUGGGCUACUGCCGGUACGGCAUGGCCUGUCGGUUUGCCAAAUCCCACAUUGAGAAGGUGGAUGACAUUUAUCGUAACUUAAAGCGCGAAGGAUACGUGGAGACUCCGGGUCACGACUUGGGCGAUGAAGCUAACGAUCUGACUCAUGAUCUGCGUCUGAAGCUGCGUAAGGACACGUACGACUUCCAAUCGAAGCAGCAGAUGCGGAAGGACAAGAAGAACAACAAACGUCAGCAACGGAAUGGUAAAGAGAAGGAUGCGAAUGCUGAAGUAACACAGAACAGCGAGGAGUCGACUGUCGUGGAGUCAUCAGAAGCGGCUAAAGCGAAUUCUGUACCGGAGAAAGUUACGCCCGAGCCCGAAUCCGAAGAUGCCAAGAUGGAGCCUGCUGCCGAGAGUCCUUUGCUACCCGAACGCAAGCCUGUUGACUUUAAGCGGAAGAUUUACAUCGCUCCGCUCACCACCGUGGGUAACCUGCCGUUCCGUCGGUUGAUGAAGCAGACUGGUGCUGAUAUUACCUGCGGCGAGAUGGCAAUGGCCACCAACCUGCUCAAGGCCCAACAGUCAGAGUGGGCUCUGCUGCGACGUCACAAGAGCGAAGACGUUUUCGGUGUUCAGCUUGCGGGCUCAUUCAGCGACCAGAUGACUCGUGUGUGCGAGCUUCUAACGCGGGAGACAGACAUUGAUUUCGUCGACAUCAACAUGGGUUGUCCCAUUGAUAUCGUGUGUCGUGCUGGCGCUGGAUCCGCUCUAAUGACACGACCGCCUCGGUUACUUGAAGUCGUCUCGGGUGCAUUGACUGGCCUGGAGCUGGGCACGCGCAUGCGUACUGGUGGUAUCGUCAACACCCCCGGUCUUACCGUGAAACUUCGUACUGGUUGGAGUGAGAAGCAGCCGACAGCUCACAAGUUGAUACCUAAGCUGCAGGCUGUACGCGCCUCACAGGCGUAUGUAAACUCAGCGGUGGUUACUGCGGACUUUAAACUACGCGCUACACAGUCCAUUGACGCCAUUACGGUGCACGGUCGCUCCCGGUUACAGCGCUACACGAAGCACGCUGACUGGGACUACAUUUUCCAGUGUAGUGAUGCUCAAAAGGGUAGUAUCGACGACAAGCCGCUAUCAAAUAUCCCAUUCGUAGGCGGUGGAGAUGUUCUAUCCUAUGAAGAGUUCGAUGAGCACCUGCAAAACGGCAAGCUGGACACGUGCAUGUUGGCGCGUGGUGCUCUGAUCAAGCCGUGGCUGCCUACAGAGAUCAAGGAACGUCGCCAUUGGGAUAUUUCGGCCUCGGAGCGCUUGGAUUUGCUCAAGGAUUUCGUUCGCUUCGGUCUGGAGCACUGGGGAUCAGACCAGAAGGGAGUGAACCGUACGCGUCGCUAUCUGCUCGAGUGGCAGUCGUUCCUGUGUCGCUACAUUCCUGUGGGCGUGCUGGAGACGCUCCCUCAACGUAUUAACGACCGCCCGUCGCCGUAUUACGGACGCAGCGACCUGGAGACGUUGAUGGCCAGUGAUCAAGCUGUGGACUGGGUCAAGAUUUCCGAGAUGCUGCUUGGGCCCGUACCCGAUGGUUUCCAGUUUGUUCCUAAGCACCGAGCUAAUGCGUACCAGACUGCAUAA